UAUUUCUUUAUGUUUGUAUGGUUACUAAUUAAGAAUUCAAAUUCUCAAGCUUUAUUGCUGGAGUAAUGAAGUUCAUUGACCUACUUCAAGUGAAACUGAUUUUGGCUCUUCUAAAUAGAUAUUGUAGGACAAUUCUCAAAUUGACAUUUCUUGAAAAAAAGCAUCGACUAACAAAACUUGAUUUUUCUUCAAGAAAAAAUAGGUUUUAGUUCAGACUAUCAACAGAGUGGACAUUAGUGACUGUAGUAUUCACAAACUUAAUGAAACUUUAAAAAAAAAACAUCAUGAAGAGAAAGUCUUGAAUAUUAACCCUUUGCAUUUAAAUUGACUUGGAAGGCUAUUGGCUACUUUGACAUAGGUUCUUAAGCAUGUCCUCAAAUGGGGUAGCAGAGUUUAUGUUAGGAGGUCUUGCAACAUGUGGUGCAGGUUUCUUUACCAACCCUUUAGAGGUUGUUAAAACUCGCAUGCAGCUUCAAGGAGAACUUCAAGCUCAUGGGCAGUAUUCGAUUCAUUAUCGUAAUGCAUUUCAUGCAUUUGUGACCAUUGCAAGAAAUGAUGGAAUACUAGCAUUACAGAGUGGUCUUGUUCCAGCUAUAUGGUAUCAGUUUUUUAUGAAUGGGACCAGACUAGGAACAUAUCAAAUACAAGAUAAUUUAGGUUUGACUAAAGAUGAAAAUGGCAACCAUAGUUUUCCUAGAAGUGUGAUAGCAGGUGCUCUAGCUGGUUGUGUGGGAGCUGUUGUUGGUAGCCCAUUUUACAUGGUGAAGACCCAUCUUCAGGCAAAGGCUAACAAAGAAAUUGCUGUUGGUCAUCAGCACCCUCAUGAAUCUAUGUCACAUGCUAUCAAGACUAUCUAUAAAGAUCAUGGUGCUGUUGGUCUGUGGCGAGGUGUUACCGCAGCUGUGAUGAGAGUUACUGUUGGCUCAGCUGCCCAACUUUCUACUUUUUCUGAGGCAAAAACUAUGAUAGACAGCACACAAGUUUUUAAACCUAACAGCUUCAUGACCACAUUUUCUGCCAGCAUGGUGAGCGGUAUCUUUGUGACUGUCUUCAUGACACCAUUUGAUGUCAUUUCUACCAGACUGUACAAUCAGCCAGUCUCUGUGACUGGCAAAGGGACCAUUUACUCAGGUGUGUUGGACUGCUUCCUUAAGAUAUUCAAGCUUGAAGGCAUCUGGGGCUUCUACAAAGGUUGGGUUCCAUCCUACCUGAGACUUGGGCCCCAUACUACUAUCAGUCUAGUGCUGUGGGAUGAGGCAAGGAAGAUCUACAUUGCCAGGACAAACGCCAAAGUGAAGAGCUAGUGUUUGCAAUUGUAUCCUGUUGACUUUUUUGUCUUUCUUUGUUUGUUGGCCUUGUUUAAUGCUUAAUUUUUAGAUAGGUAAUUGAAAUAAUUGGUGUUAUUGAAGCUCAAACUGUUAGAGGAUUUUAGGGCUUCCAUUUUAUAAGAAUAUCAGCGACAAGUUUUUAAAUUUUCCACAAAUUUUUUGUUUCAUUAUUCUUAAAGAUUUUUAUUAGUUAUUCAAAAGGGGAGGAAUACAGUCAACUCCUAAAAUUUCUAAAUGAAACUUGUAUGGAUCAAACAUGUAUCCAAAAAGAUAUUUUAAGGAGUCUCCUUUGUUUAUUUUUUUUAUGUAUAUUUUUUUAUUUAUUUAUUUUGUAUGUAUAUUUUUUGUUUCCUAUGAAUUUGUUUUCUCCAGCAUUCUUAACACUUGUACUGAAACAUUUUCUGAAUUUCAUUAGACAAUUUUGUAAAAUAUUACACAGUUCUUUAAAAAUACCAUUACAGACUAUAUUCUAUAUUCUACAAAAACAUAAUCCCCUUUUAAAAUUCUAAUAUUUUUUGUUUAAUCUCAUCCUCACCAGUUAACUUGAUAACAAUUUGUUUAAAUGUAGCCGUACUAUAGAAAGAAUGCAUAUUAUGAGAAUUAAAAAAAAAAUAACUGACAGAAUAGGGAAAUGCUAUUGGUUAAUACACUUUUUUGAAAGUAACUACUUAUAUUGGAAAUAAAGGCUAUACUUUAAAUUUAGAACUAUAUGUUGAAUAAAAAAGUAAUAACUUAUUUGCCUCUUUAUUUUUUUUUACCUAAAUCCAUUUUUUUUUUCUACUUAUUCCCAUGCCCAAUCAUUUAUAGGGAGGAGGGAGGGAAAGUUAAUUUAUUUUCUUUUUUUAUUUUCUAUAAAGAUCAAUAUUCACAUUUUUUAAAUAUUUUUUUUGAAAAAAAAAUCUACAUGUUUAAAUCUGUUAUAUUCCUAUUCCAACAUAUUCCAGAAGAUUUACUUAGAUGUUCAUCAAAGUAGUGUUACCUCUUGAAGGACGUAAUUAUCUUUUUUGAAGUAACAUUUGCAUAAGUCGACCAUUUCAUGUAAUAUUUUGUUUACAUUGUUUUGUGUACAAAAAUAAACAACUAUUACAGUAUUCUGAUGAAUAAAAUAUUACUUGGGUGCAAAUAUGUUUAUACCAGUAUAAAAAGAAAGAUUGCUAACAAGAUAUUUUUUUUGGACUGCUGAUUGGGUAUGUUAUGUUGUUAGACCUUGUUACAAACAUUAUCUUUUGUUAUAUAUAUAUAUAUAUAUAUAUAUAUAUAUAUAUAUAUAUAUAUAUAUAUAUAUAUAUAUAUAUAUAUAUAUAUAUAUAUAUAUAUAUUUGUGUUACAAACAAAUAAUCCUGUUAGCUUCUUGUUAUAUGAGAUAAUGAUUAAAACUAACUGUUGCAUUAUCUUAUGUUCUGGAGUUGUCUGUUUUCCAGAAAACAAAUAUUCAUGUUAGCUUCUUAUUAUAUAAGAUUUUGAUACCAGUGGUUUACCUGCACAUGUAAAUAAUUGACAGAUUUAGAUUUGUCUAACAUGUUGUUCAUAGUUAUUAAGUAGUUCAUGAUUUACUCAGUUAGUUUGGCACUUAUGGGUUGCCUGAAUCAGCCAGGAAAAAGCAAUGACAUUGUUUAAGUCUCUAAUUAACGUGUUUGACUUACAUUAACACAUUGAUCUGAAUGGGAUGUAACUAUCUUCUCUUUUGAAGGAACAUUUGUAAUUUAUAUGGUAAGAAGAUAAUGUUUUCUAAAAUAUAAUACUUAUAAGAAAUAUUCUUUGUCCUGGACAUAAAAAUAAUCACUUCUUAAUUUUUUAAAUUAUCUUCCAUGUACAUUUAGGCUACAAGUAUUGUUUUGUUAUUUUCUUUCUUCACUAAUCUUAAAAAUGUGCUAUGUUUAUGUAUUGGGAAAGAUGUAUUGUAAUAAUAUGAACUUUCAAAUGUUUAAAGAAUUUUUCUCAGGAUUUACUGUGUUUUUAGUGAUAGAUUUUUAAUUUCAAUAACAUUGUUAUUAAACACACCAAAGAAACUUGUUUAACAUCACUGCUUAUAUACUGAGUUUUUUUGUUUUUUUUUAAUCCAAUUUUUAAGUUUAAUUGCAUCUUCAGGUUGCAUGUUUGUUGGGCAGUAUUUUACUGAGUCAUUACACCUCACCCAUAGUUAUUACAGACUUUUGUUUCUUGCUGUUCAUAAGGUUUGAGAUGAGACAGUUUUCCUGUCUCAAGAGGCUUAAAGAAAACUUGCUCAUAUGUCAAUUAUUUCUGCCUCAGAGUGGAGUAAGGCUCUACGGGAGGACUGAUCCUUUCAGCCUUGCCACCAAUUGGAGUUCAUCUCAGGUUACUAAAGAGUGACUCUCUUGUGACAGACAUUUCUUGCAAGUUCAAGUCUUGAGUAAAAGUUUAUACUUCUAUUUACCAUUUAAAGCCACCUCUGCUGCAAUGUUUAUACCAGUAGACAUAGUCUCUAGCUUCUCAAUUUUAGGGCAACCUUUUUUAAUUAUUUCAUUGGUAUCUGUGUAUAUAUUUUGGAAUUAAUUCAUUUGGUGUUAAGGCUCACUGUUUUAUGACCAACUUAAUGUACUUUUCAUUGCAUUAGUAAUGAGCGCAUAAUUAGAGUAUUGGUUCACUCUUAAACAUCUUGCUUUGAGACAUGAUCCUUCCAGGUGAUACUUGUGCAUUGUAAACAACACUGGUGAAAGCUGUUUGUCUAUUUUUAGGGUCACAGGGCAGGGCAAUUAGUACAUAGGAUUGUAGAUUAUCAAUGAAGUUGUCCUAGUCACUAUGGCAACAUACUUUGAAAGUUAAGCAACAGAUCUAGAGGCUUCUCCAAUUUCUUAUGACAUCUCAUUGUUUAAGUUUAAAUUAAAUGUCUUUUUGUUGAGAAUUUUGUAGAUUUGCUUGAUAUGAGGCCUCGGUUGAACUCAAUAUAGGCUACUACAUCUGUAGUCUUCUAUAGAAAUAUUAGUGCAUCAGCCUAUGCUCUGCAUUGAAAUGCAUUUAUAAUUGUCACAUUCCAAGUAUUUUGUAAAUUGUAUUACGUUUUCAUCUUUAAAAUUUUGGGGAGAUUGUUUCUUCCUCUGACAACAGAAAAAAUAGCUCAGGAUGUGGUUCACUUAGGCAUAUUUUCCAGUUUGGAUAACUACUCCAGAAAUUCCAUCUUCUCCUGUUGAGUUAGCACUUAAAUGAUUUGUGGAGGUUCUAAGCGCAAUUCAACCAUAAGUUCUGUGCAUAUUCAAUCUUAUAAUUGUUGAGAGAGCUAGCCAAGGCUCUUGAAAUUCCAGGCUUGCUCCCUUCUGCCAGCCAGACUGAACAAUAGUUUUAUUUGGGACUAACCAUACAGGUGUCAUACUAACCAUACAGGUGUCAUUUUCAAUCUCCAACCAGCACAAUGAAACAGUGUUCUUAGGCACCCCAGUGGGAGUCUUCUUUUGCUACCCUAUUGGCCUAGUCAUCUCCUCUAAUGACAGUUUCCACCCUGGCCAUGUUGCAGCUGGGUAGCAUAGCCAUGAACUCCAUUUUGUUGAGUUCUUUGCAGUGCUCAACAUGUUUUCCCAUUGACAUUGUCUGAUCUUAAAUGAAUCCCAAAAGCUGCUCUUGUGCUAGUGGUCAGCAUUCAUUUUGAAGGAUCAGGGCUCCAUGAGCAUUGCCCUGUUCAGGCUGGAGGAAAGGACAAGGUUAGCAAGCCUUUCUUCCUGAUGUUACUUCAGAAACCCACUGCAGGUUAUGUUUCACUUAUUUUCACUUAUGGAUGUUUCCACAAGGGGGAUAUUGCCAUCAUUUUGUCCAUCUCUUUGUCUACAUGUAAAAAAACAUGCAAUGUUCAAGUUGACCAUUUUCAGACAGGUGACAAAAAGAACUCCAAGCAAUCUAAUUUUUAACAUAUAUUUUGUUUGGAGGAAUACAUGAUUGUGGUUCUUAGCUACUGAUAUUUGAGCUGAAAAUAUUGAAACCUUGCAUCCAACAGUAGAUUGUGUCAUAGGUCUAAUCUAUUUGUUGGAAUGAAAACACAAAACUGUCUCUUGUUUUCUCACUCAUCAUUAUGCCAAUGCUUAAACACACAGGGAACAAUUAUGGUGAAUAGAAUAUUUCCAUUGCCACUCCAUGCUUCUCCUAUUGAGGUUAUCUGUACAGAAGAUUCAGGCAUUCUCAUAGAGUAUGUAAUCCUCCUAAACUGUUGAAACUCUCUUUGUAGAUAGAUGGAUAUAAUACUAACACUGAGCUGCUAUAGUUUACUUGAAGUCAAGACACUUGUCAUAAUAUUUAAUGCACCCAGUAAGAUAAAUAAAGUUCCUUUUGUAUCUAUAUAUAUUUUUUUUUGAAAUGUUUUUUGCUUUGAUGUUGAUCUAGCUCCCUUUUGUGCAGGCAAAUUCUACUUCUAGUGAUGUAGGUCAUUCUUCUAGUGACGUAUGUCAUUCUUCCAGUGACGUAGGUCAUUCUUCUAGUGAUGUAGGUCAUUCUUCUAGUGACAUAGUGACAGUGACCUGCUGAUCAUCUGUCUAACCAUCUAGCUGUAGUUCCUUUACUUUCCUUGUGUUAGCUUCUUUGAAGUAUUUCCAGGUUGUUGUUUUUUUAGUGUAGAUACCUGGACUUCAGAGAUUGAGCUUUCCAUACAUCAUAACCUUGUUGGCAUCAUUUCAUGUUAAAUGGAAUAUCUGUACCGGCGUACUAUAGUCGUCUUUAUAAGAUAUCAAUAGAACAUAACUCAGCACAUUGAAACUGCCAUAAAAUAUAACUAUUCAUUAUGUAUUUUACAUAAUCUCUAUUUAAAAGAAAAAAAGAAGCUUGGAGUAGAUAAGCCUGAAGUUAUCAAAUAGCCAACAUAUGAGCCCCAACUAUUCCCAGCAUUGGGUUAUAGGAUUAACAAAUAAAAAUGCUUAUUAACUCUUUAUAACAUUAUAUGCACUGAGUGACAGGAUGAAACAUAUUUGUUUCAAUAUAAUAUAUUUCAACCAUUUUAGUUUUGCAUGAAAUGCUCAAUCUGAGGCCCAUUAAAAGGUGCUCUGCAUCUUAUCAAGGUAUAUAUCCCUUGAACUAAUUACAUUUGAUUUGAAGCACUGGUGUUUAAAAAUAUAUUAAUAUAAAUGAUCAAGCCAUUUUGUAUUUUUAUUUCAACCGUUAAUACACUGAUGUUUACUGUUUUUCUUAUUUCAUGGUCAAUUUUUUGUUCAAAUGCUUGUAUGAGAAAUUUGAAAACUAGUUUUUUUUUUUUAUGUAUCUGUGAUCCAACAGAAAUAUUGAUUGAGCAAAAUACAACAGAUAUAAAUAGUUCAUGGUCAAAGAUGAGUAGAACCACAUUACAUAGGAACUCCGAGAUGGCUCUGGAAUCCUAUCUUCACUUUAAAAAGCUGGCCACACACAAGGCAUGGGUAGGUGCCUUUUUUUGGUUUGAUAUAAGUGAGCAAAAUACUUACUGUAUUGUAAACAAGUAAUAAAGUUGUAAACUUUUUUGUUUUACUCUAGUAUUAGAACAUGACUUUUUAAACCUUAGAAUUUUAACAAUUGUGUCUAAUAGUUUCAACUUAUUUUUUCUUAGGCUGUAAUAAUUCAAAUGUAAAUUUGUUACAUGUAAAAUCUACUAGAAAUCUCAAAAUCAGCAUUAGUUAUUGUGUGGUAUUUAUGUAUACAUAUUUUGCAAGCAUGGGCUACUUGUCACAAAUCUAAACAAUGUCAGGUCAGCAACAGCAGUGAGUUUGUGUGCGGUUGAAUUAAUAGAAUCAAGGCAGAAUUUUAUAGAACAAAAUAUCACAAAAAUUCUUACAUUAAUCAGAGAUUACUGAUACAUAUUACAUCUUUGUUUAUGCAAAUAUGUUUGUAUAGUUGAAAUAUGUAUACAAAAUAUAAUAAAACUAUUUUGAAGUGUUCUUGAUUAUUGUGUUCAUUUUGAACAAAAUGUUAUUCGGUGUUGUUUUUUUUAAACAGCUUAUAUCAACUCACUUUGUCCAUCUGCUAAAAAGGUUUUUACACAUUUCUCCCACACCCAUUCUCAGAUCAAGAUGAAACUUUGCACAAUUAUUAUUUGGCAUUGGCAAGACAUGAAUCAAUAAAGAAAAUUAACCUA